AUCGUCAAAACAGAUGGAUCAAUGUUUUUGCGUUGCAUUGCAACCCCUCAACACAAAGGCAUUUCCUUUUUUUUUGGGGGGGUCUAUUUCUCAAACAUUUCCCAGAUUUCAGAUUCCAAACAAGAAGAAGAAGAAGAAAGGGAUGGCAUACAGGAGGAGGCAGGGGAUAACGAGGGCGACAACGUUCAAGGAAGAGAUUUACAAGCAACCGCCAAAGGAAGAUGCGAAGGGCAGCAAAUCCUUCUCUUCUUCCAAUUCAUCCCUCGCCGCUCAGGCCAUCCGUGCUUCCUCUGCAUUCCGCGAUUCUCCUCCUCCUCUUUCUCAGGUGCGAGGAUUCAACGCCUAUGAAGAUCCAUCUAAGAACGAAAAUCGUGGUUUCUGGGGAAUCCUGGCUCAGAAAGCCAAAGCCAUCCUCGAGGAUGAUGACGUGAUUCCCCAACUGCAUCUGCAUCCGUCCAAUGAGUCAUCCCCAUUAAACGAUAGGAAAGUUGACAAUCCAAAGAUCCGCAAAAGCCUUGACAAACUCACCUUCUCUCUCAACCAGAUGGGAGAGUCUUUCGAGAAGGCCUUCGAGGAAGGACGCACUCUCGUCGAAAACAAGGCAGCAGAUAUCAUCCAAGAAACGCGAAGACUUCAAAUCAGGCGAAAGGGAUCUGAUGCUGACACAGAAAAUCAAUCCUCUGGAGGGAACAGCCCUUGGCAGCCUCUGGUACUCAACCCCACAAUCCACGAGUCCCAACUCAAGGCAUCCCGCGAUGUGGCAAUGGCUACAGCAGCCAAAGCAAAACUGCUUCUUCGGGAGCUGAAAACCCUGAAAGCAGACUUAGCUUUCGCCAAGGAGAGGUGUGCCCAGCUCGAAGAAGAGAACAGACGCCUUAGAGAUAGUCGCGAGAAAGGCAACAACCCUGCAGAUGACGAUCUGAUAAGGCUUCAGCUGGAAACUCUGCUGGCAGAGAAAGCUCGAUUAGCUCAUGAGAAUUCCAUAUAUGCGAGGGAGAACAGGUUCUUGCGGGAGAUUGUGGAGUACCAUCAGUUAACUAUGCAGGAUGUGGUUUACAUAGACGACGGCAUUGAGGAAGUUGCAGAGGUGAACCCUUCCAUAACAAGGACGCUAUCUCUGGCCUCAUUUGCAGCCUCUGACUCGCACUCCAUCUUGUCAUCUCCGUCCUCUCUAUCCUCACCUCCUCGCCUUUCCGACAUUUAUCCACCUGCCAAUGAUGAAGAGAAUCUGCAACCGAUUCCACCUCCUUCAGUGCCUCAUCCAGUUGACGUCAAGAGACCACCACCCUCCCACUCUUCUGCUUAGAAAUUACAUCCACUCUUUUUUUUCUUUGUUCCCUUGUUUUGGCCGAGUAAUCAAUCUGAUUGCUUUCAUCCCCAAUAUUCCUUAUUUCUGUGCAGUAGACGCUCCACAUUCAUCAAUCUGCUUCCACAUCCGAAUGUAAAUCAGUUUUCAAAGAAGAUUUUGUCUCAAUAAACAAACAUAUUUCAAUGUUA